UUUAUUUAAUUAGUAUUUGUACUAAGUGACACCCUUUUCCACACCUCCCACCUCCUCCAUAAAUGACUCAGCCUCUGAAGGAGAAACCUCUGAGCUUCUCAGACAGUCAGAUGGAGUGUGUGAUACUGCUCUCUGUAAACUUUAACUACCCGUCAGUUCCAGGUGACCACCAAGACAAUCACCGGAGUGGGCCAGCUGCAGAGUACUUAUUUAUCAUAUAGAGAUCCCAAAGGAGGAUCCAUCCCUGAAUAAAAUGUCGACCUUCACCACAGGAAAAUCAUCCCCUAAUCAAAGUGGGAAAAGCAGACAACAGGUUGUUCAUGAUGACAACAGCAAGCGAAGGACGCUAUUGCAGGAUAGCAGCUGGAUAAAGAAAAGACCUGAGGAGGAGAGUACUAAUGAAAACUAUGGCAGAGUUGUGCUUAACCAAUACAAAUCUCAAGAUAGUUUACACAGUAACUUGAAUGAAAAGGAAGAUCAGAAAGUUUUACUCGGCCAAUACAGAUCUGAUACUACUCUAUACAGAAUUUCAGACACAAGAGAUGCUGAUAAAGCGAAUAAUUCCCCACCCUUAGAUAAUAGGACAACUAACAGACAGUCCUGGACUCCUUCAAAUACAUCAACCACCACCACCACCGCAUCUCCUGUGAAGCACAAAAGGCAGUCUUGGAUGCCACCACCAGUCUCUGGUUAUAAGAACGCCACAGUUACUGUGGAAAACAAAGGGCAGUCCAGAACCCCACUAGAUACAACCACCACAACUACAGUUGAUACUAGACGAAUUGCUUCUUCAGAAAAUCCAGAAGGGCCAAAGAUGACUAUCUAUUCAUCAGAACAAACUACACCUGAGAGAUCAAAAACUGCUGUAGACAAUAAAACCAGAACAAGGCAGGUAUCUCCAACAAAACCUGGCAUAUCUGUUACUGAAAGAAGAAUCACAACAGAAAGAACUACAAGGAGCCAAGAUCUUGAUAAUCUCAAAAAAAAUCCCACAACUCACACAAAUAACAAAGGAGGCCAAGAUCUUGAUGAGCUCAUUAAAGUAAAGGCUCUUGUGGAGCAAAAUAAAAAUCGGACAACUGAGAAACCCUCUGAUUCUGCUAGUGCUCCAAAUAACCGAUCUAACACAAACUUCUCUUAUGACAGAGGAUCCAGCAAUAAUACUUCAACUAGUUACUCAAGGCCAAAGGACAAUGUUGUGUACACCAGGACAUAUGAGGAGAAUAGCAAAUCACCCAAUGAUGCAUAUGAAGAAAAUGUCACUGGAAAGUCUAUCAAAACUGUUUACUCUACUUCUGAUCGGACUAUAAUUGAAAAAGAUAUGUGUACAUACUGCCGGAAGCCACUGGGUAUAGAUUCCAAAAUGAUCUUAGAUGCCUUACAGAUUUGCUGUCACUCAGCUUGCUUCAAGUGUGAAGUAUGCAAAAGACCUCUGGAAGAUCUGAAAGCAGGAGACAGCAUUUGGAUUUACAGAAAUACUGUGCAUUGUGAACCCUGCUAUUUCAAAAUUAAAGAAAAAUGGAUCUACUGAUUUGGGCUUCCAGAAACCAGGAUAAAGAUACAUUUUCCUAAUACUUAAACUAUGUAAAAUGUUUAAUUUUUGUGUUAGGACUGACAUAUUCUAAAUGUAAGAUUACUAAAUAGUCACUAUAGGAACAUAGUCUCUGAGACUUAAAAUGACUUUAUAAAUACUUCCAGAAAGCAACAAAAUUCAUGGUUCAGUGUGUCCAUCAGGUGUGUGAAAGUUAUUUCUAUAUGUGAUUUAGCAAAAGUAGAGCAACCUUGAAAUGUAUCAUAUGGAAGGACAUCUCUCUCUGCCUGUGAGUUUUGAAGGACCUGUUUUCUGUUUAUCCAAAAUACACUUGAUAACAAAUAAAGAGUUGUUAUCUUUA